GGCGUGUGUAUAUAUAGAGUAACUCUUAACGGCAGUGCACAGCGAACACCUCUCACUGGAGUCAUCACCAUGAAGCUGCCCUCUGUUGUAAAAGUCUUGACAUCUCUGUGUAUGCUGCUUGCAGAUGGAUUCCCAGUGUCUGCGGAUGGAUCUCCACGCAUCAUUGGGGCAGAUCGAGUCCAUAUCAAAGCUCAUCCAGGUGAGCCACUGAUUCUUGACUGUGAUGCAGUUACAAAUAGUAAAGAUGGAGUGACGCUGAUCUACUGGCUCGUCAAUGGCUCUUUUCCUGAGGAUAUACCCAGCAGGGACAGAAUAAUAGAAUCAGACCAAUUACCGUUGGAGAACGGUACAAUCCUCCAGAGGAGAUUGCUGUUGAAGAACGUCACACUAGAGGACUUCAAAUCCAGCUUCACCUGUGUGGUGACGAGCGCUGUUGGAAUGGCCCAGAAGCAAAUAAAGAUAAGAAGAAUAAGAAAGAACGGAAAACACUGAAUGUUAGUGACACCAAUGGGAUUCUCUUAAUUUUUUUAUAACGGCGAAUCAAAUUAAAUCUGUGAAUUUUAUAUUAGAUGUUACACUGUUUGGUGAGAGCCAAUACAGACCAAACAGCAAGUGAAGUAUAUUAGCACCCUUUCUAUUUUACACAGAGCAUUUUAACGUGGAACUGAAUGUACCUUUGAUACAGUUGAAGGAAAGCAGGUUUGUCAUUUAUCUGCAGAAUAUAGAGAGAAUAUUGUUACACUUUGAUUUGCUGUGGUUCUGUAUCAUUCCUGUGUCUGCUGGCAUAAAGAUUUUUUUUUUAUGUGUAAACCAUUGAAGCAUUUGCUGUCAUUUCACUCGCAAACUAAAGUGUUUAGUGCUGAUUGAACCCUGAGGUUGUUUUCCUAUAUAUUUAUACCAUUUAUUUCAAACAGACAACUUGCGUCUGUCUGAACGGUUGUGUCACUGUCUCUACCCCACUGUUAGUCUCAUGUGAAAGUAGACUGAACACUGUGGUAGUGAUGUGAGCUACAGGGUUUAGAGUGAAGGGUGUUUUAGUUGUGUAAUGUACGCAAUGACAGAACUGCAGCUCUUUAAUGUGUCGACUGCAGUAACUGAUCAGCAGAUUCAGUUUUCACACUUUCACCACACAGCUAAUAGUUAUAAUCUUCAUGAUACUUUAUAUGACCUUAAUAGUGUAGGAAUUAAAAAGCAAUUUGUCCCCUUAAAAUCUGUCCUUUUCCCAGGUUUGAUGCAAAGUGAUAUAUAGUAAAACAGUCUGUUAGUAAUUAAUGAUAUAUAUUAAAAACUUAACAAAAGUGAAGCUCCUUCAUAAAUCACACCUGUGAAUUUAUUCUAUAUUGUCACACAUUAAAUAACAUCCCCAUUCCCUUAAAAGAUUGUAAUGUGACUGUGGAACUUAAAGCAGCACAAAGUAGUUGUUUUUUUUACUCUCCAAAAACUUUUUAAUUUCAUUUUGAUGGCACACAAACGUAUAACAUGAAGAAUUGCAUCUCUGUGAUCGCCACAGUGCUCCUGCAACGCCCGCAACAACACAGUGUUACUCUGGUUUGAUUUGUUGCAGAGUAAGUGAUGCUGCAAACAGCUCUACAAUGAAACAACAAAGAAAAACACAAAGUUCAAGACCUUUAUGUUGUUUAAAUGUCAAAAUGUAUUAUGAUAAAUACGGUGUGUAUAUACAUUAGCCUUUACACAACAUUCAUGUAGGGUAUGCUUCUCUGCUCAUAUGCUCUCCAUUCUUUUUGUUAAGAGUCAUCUGAGAUGUCCCAACAAAUAAAACUAUGCACUUGUUUUCAA